AUGCCGCCCGGGUCCCGGACUCCCUGCUGCUCUGGCUGCUGUGGGAGGGAGGGCGGGAAGUGGGGGAGCGGACAGGCGGUCGGGUUGCGGAGAGCCCCCGGGUGUGGGCCCUGCCUUGAACUCCUUACCCCAGCUGCCUGGCUGCCCUCAGCUUCCCAAAGCUCAAAUAAGAGGGGCCGGCGGCGCGGGGAGGAGGAGGAGCCAGGAGGCUCGGCCGCUCCAUUCACUCAGCAGCCCAAGCCCGGCCAGGCAGCGCGCGCUGCUCCUUGGGGGCGCCCUCGCAGCUGGGGUGGGGGCGGGUCCGAGGGAGCGUCCCUCUCGGAGACACCCUCCUCUUCAACCCAACACGCGCUCUCAGCUGGCCGGUGUGGCACAACCCUCCCCCCACCUCCCCUUCUUGGCCUUCGCCAGUGUGGGAGCCUGGUCUCACUGGAGAGUCCGUUCAGAAUCGUUGUGGGGGCGGGGAGGGGAAGAGCACCGGUGCGAACCCCGGGGUGCUCCCUCGCCCGACUUGGACUUCUCCGACUGAAGAGGUGGGAGGAGUUCCCUGCAGCCUGCGGGGCCAAGAAGAAAGUGCUAAGCUCAGGAGCCGCAGUCGGAGGACCCCAGGGACCCGACAGGAAGUCUCCGUACGACCCCAACGGAUCCACAUGCCCGGAAGCCCAGGCGACACUAAGCCAGCGCUGGGGAACUGACGUACUCCUGCAGUCGCAGGGCGCUCCAUGCCUCUCUCUCCUCUUCUUUGUUGUGGGUAACGUUCUCUGCGGGAGACCUGAGGUUAUCCAAGGGGGACGUGCCAGCUACACUGGCCUUGGCGCCCUGAGCUAAGCACCAGGACUCACAGGCUAGCACGAUGGCAGGUAGCACCUUCACCCUCCGCGGACGAUAGGCGCUCUCCUGUACCUCCUUUAGCUCGCGAGGCCCGCCCUUCGCGAGGUCCCAGGGAAAAGCAGGCUGUGGAAAACUGGGCGCCACCUUCUUUCACCCACCUUCUUACCCCUGUCAGCGCCGAGAUCUGUAGCAGAGGUUCCUGGUCUGAACCACCGAUUGGCAAAGAAAGCUGCAGAUUAAACUUCUCGUUUUACAGAGAAGGAAACUGAGGCCCAGACAGCUGAAGGAGAGGCAGUCUAUGGAGCGCAGCGGUAAAGAGCAAGGGGUUGGUGGCCCCAGAAUGGAACCUCAGCUCUGCCAGGUAACCAACAGCUGUGUGACCCUAGACGAUUUCCGCAGUCUCUCUGAGCCUCAGUUUCCUUACUGGUCAAACGGGAUAAUGGGAUACUAGCGCCCACCUCAUAGAGUUGUUCUGAGGAUUAGAUAGGAGAGUAGUGUGGGCCUUUGACUCAAUCAACUUUACAGUUUUUGUUACUACUACUGUUUAAGGACAGGAAACAAGUUAGUGGCAACGCCGAGCUGAAACCCGGGUCUCUCAACGUCCAGUUGGAGGUUUUACCCACCACCCCUCUACCUCUUCAGAGCUAAUGGGAUGCAGAGGCGAGGACAGCCCCUGGAAAACCAUGUGGCGUUGAUACACUGGCAAAGCGCAGGCAUCCCGGCCUUGAAGGUGCAUAAUUAUUGCAAUAUGAAAAAAUCGAGGCUGGGUGGGAGCAGGGCAGUGAGGAUUUCUCAACCCGUACCUUCACCCCGGUGCUGUCCACUGCAUCUGACAGAGCGCGGAGCUGGGCUGCUACAGCCGCAACCCCAGGGACCAGUGCGCACGCCUGGGCCGCCCUCCGGGAGUCACCCAGCGGGCGCGGACAACUGAAUACACACCCCAAAGCGCUGCGGUCGGUCAAGGGCGGGGACAGCCACACUGCGCGCGGGGCCCGCAGGCCGUAAUAAAGAGUGGCUCGACCUCGCUGCCGCCUGUCGCGGGAGAGGAACAGGCUUUCGACUAGCGCCUCUCCCCGAGGCCCGCGCCCCGAGCCCCACGCGCAAGACAGCCCAACAGCUGUUCCUCCCCUCCCCGCCGACUCCAACUCUUCGGAAUCUGCCCACUCGGGGCUGCAGGGCAAGUGUUUAGGAUGGUUCCCAGCCCCGCGCUGGCGGUAAAAAUUUCAACGUCAUUCCUUCAAUUAAAAAAAAAGGGGGGGGCAAGGGAGGGGCUUUGUGAUAACUACUCCCAGCUUCUUCUGAUCAUUUCAAAAUUAACUCGAUAUUUUUUUAAUCAGUCCCCACUUUCUGUCCUAACUCUCCUCGCUGACCCUAUCUGGGGGCCCGGAACCGUUAGGUACUGCCGAGUGCGGUGCAAAAUUUCCCCCUCUUCCCCAGUUCGCAGUGCCUGGAGCCGCUGGGGUUACUCGUCUGUUCUGAUGCCACCGCGAGAUGGUCCCCGAGCUCCCCGAGAGUCCUCAGUGAAAGGAUUCUGCGGCACUGCCUCUAUUAUUAUACCGUAAAUCUUUUUAAAUUCUGGAACUAAUUAUAUAGAGGAUAUGUCUCAAUUUGUUCUGCAUUAAUGCCACAGUGGGGAUGGAGGCCAGGCCGUGGCCAGAGCAGAUACGUAGGCCCAUGAAAUUGAUGAACUGAGAGUUGCUUCCAGUCCUGAGCGCACCAUCUGGAAUUCCAGUCUGAGGUUACAAUUAGAACUCCUGACCCCAGAUUCAACUUUGCAAACAACAGGGGAAAAAAAUGGGGAAAAGAAAAACCAUGAGAGAGGGAAAAAAAAUUAUUCUGCACCUGUAAAAAAAAAAAAAAAAAAAGUCACACAAUCUUAAAAUCUGUCCGUCUUAGACAAUUCUUUCCAAGUAUUUCUUUUGUGUUUUUUAACCUAUAAAAGAUAAUGGAAUGUUUUAUAGACUGGAUUUUAUCUCAUCCCCUUUCCCUCUCCCAACUGCCCUCAGUUUAAUAGUUGUCAGUUUUACCUCAGUGUUGAAUUUAAUUAUAUAGGAACAAAAUAUUCCUCAGUAAAUUAGCUUGCUAAAUAUUCUGUCACAUUUACUUCCCCUUUGAGAAAUGGCUUAAUUAUAGAAAUCUACCUGCAUCUAGGAACUUUUUUUCCCCUUUUCUUUUUUGACCGCCAUUCCAGCUUAAUCGUAAGCAGAGAUUUUAUUUGUGCAGUAAUUUUAUUUGUGUUCUAAAUUAGUUUAGCCAAUUUCUUCCUUCUUUCUUUAGUAACACCCUGCUUUAUUUUCCUCUCACUUUGACCCCCUGAAGAAAACGAAGGACCAGGCAGUACUGGAGAAUCUGUUAAAUUUAUUAGCAUAAAUGCUUAGACAAAACGAGAUAUAAAUCAUUCAGAUGUAUUAAGCCAUAAAGUAUCCCAAUGAAGUCAGUCCCUUGCCAGGGUCCUGGUGUAUAAAUGUUCAUAUAAAACAAGGUAUCAGUAUUAUCUUUCAAACUGAAUAUAUGUUGUAAAAAUAUCCAAGGUUGAGUUAGGAAUAUGGGGGGAGGGUGCAGCAGGGCAGGAAGGGGAUAUUCUUUAGACCAGUUUGUUAACAUAGUCGUGGCUCAGAAAGUAUGGUGGAAAGGAAAAAUUUCAACCGUUUACAUUUGGAGUCUUCUUAGAUAAUAUGUUUUUAAAUAACGGUAUGCAGGAUAUAUUUGAGAGCAAAGGAAUAAGAGAAAAAAAAGAUGACUAGAGGGGGAAAGGCAUUGCUUUCUGUAGAAUGCAUUUGUCCCCCAAAGGUCAGUUUAGCUUCACAAAAAUCCACCCAGAGGAGGCACUGGCUCUUCACACAGAUAACGGAUUAUCCAGUAGAGAAGAGCUACCUGGGCCUUCCUCUGGCAAUUGGGAUAUGCAGCCGCUGGUCAGCAGAAGGAUGUGUAUUCAUUAGCGGUGGAAGACGAGGAAAGCGCCCAGGAGUGAGGAAGAGGAAUGGACAGAAUUCCUGGCAGAGGCUUACCAAGACAAAAAUCAGACACAAUGUUUAAGCAGCAAUUGCUCGUGAAGUUCAUAACCAUGGCUCUCCGUAAAUCUUGGCAAAUUGGGACAUUCUUUGCCUUUUGGAAAUGAUUGUUUUCAAGACUUUUUUUAAAAAAUCAAGUUGUCCACCAGAAAAAUGGAAUAGCUCACCUUCCCCAUCUUUUUUUUAAAGCAGGGAUAUCCUCAUCCUUUCUGUGCCAUUCAUUCAUUCAUUCAUUGACUCACCGUGCAACAAAGAUUGUUGGGCAUUGUAGCAGCAAGUAGGAGCACAAGGUAAUGACAGGCUCACCCUGCUCUCACAGUUUAUAUUCCAGUAGGUAUGACAGAUACAUUACAAGGAAACAAUGAGAUAUUUUCAUAUAGUAGUAAUUGCUAUAAAAGAACAAGGAGAUCUGUAAGACUAGAGAAUGACUAAAGAUGAGAUGGGAAUGAGGAGCAACACAUAGCCCUCACUUCCUUUUGCUUUCUGCCCACACUACCACAUUUUAGUGUGUUUAGGAAGUAUUCCACCUUACAGUCCAGAUGCAGGAAGGGUUUGGAGGAUUUGGAAUGGUUGGUCUGGAUAAAUCUCUGCCUACAAAACUGGACUUUAUGAAAUCGGCAGGGCAGCUGUUUAUAUAGCUGGCUUAAAAUCAUCACCACUAGCUGAGUGACUCUGAAAGCUAUUUAACCCCUGAGAAAUUCAGUUUUCUUCUCUUCAAGAUAAAAAAUAACAGCAAGUUAUGAGGACUACAUAAGGUAAGGCAUGUAAAUUUCUUAGCCUUUAGGAAGCACUCAAUACAUGUUGGCUAUUAUCUAUAUAGACAUAAAUUCUAUGCUUUGCUUCCAAUUAAUUGAUAAGUUAUAGGCUUAGUAUUGAUAUUGGUGUGAAUUCAGAAAAGGUGGAAGUCUUUGUUCUUGUUGGAUCAGGGUGAAGAGCAGGAAGAGAAACCUUUGCUGAAUCUGACCUUAAACAAGGUUGUUGCCAUCUAGAAGGAAAUUUAAAUGAUUUUGCCCUACACCAGGACCCUAAAACAGGAAAUAUGUGGCUUUUGCCUCAAAAUCAAGCUUAGGUUCCUUCUUUUAGUACAGAAGUCUAUAGGUUAACAACCUGAAAAUCUUAGAAUUGCAUUGAAAAUCUUAGAAUUGCAUUGUUCCUUAGAGCCACAUUUCAGGUUUGCAGCCUUGUCCAGGAUAAAGAAUUCUGGGGUAGGUAUAAAAACACCUGAACUCAAAUCCUAUCUCUAUCAGUUACUGUGAUCUUAGGGAAAUAGCUUCAGCUCUCAGUUUUUCAGUAGCUUUAUGUGUAAAAUGGAGAUUAUAUAAAAUGAAAUAAAGCAUCCAUAGGUGAUUUGAAAACUCUGAAGUGUCAGACGGUGCAGAAGACCAUCAUAACAUUGUUACAUGUGAACAUGUGGGAAGG